AUGGAUACUGGAAACUCCAAUAGAGAUCGAAGGAGAGUAUGUUUAGCAGAUUUGAUUGAAUUAGAUAUAAUAGACUACGAGGUGAUUCUUGGUAUGGAUUGGUUGGUGAAGUAUGGAUCAACCAUCAAAUGUCACAAGAAGGCAGUGAAGUUUAAGCUAGACAAUGGGGAACAGUUCACCUUCGUGGGCGACGUAGCAGGACUUUGUACACCGAUAAUCUCAGCCUUAAAAGCACACAACAUGAUUCGUAAUGGAGGUCAGACAUUUCUUACAAAUGUAGUGGAUAAGACUACAGAAAUUGAGCAAAUGCCUGAGGAUGUUUGUGUACUGUGUGAAUUCUCGGAGGUGUUUCUAGAUGACUUACCCGGCCUACCUCUAGACAAGGAAAUUGAAUUUGUGAUUGAUUUGAUUUCAGAGACUGCACCCAUAUCACAGGCACCCUACAUAAUGACACUGACAGAGCUAAAGGAACUAAAAAUACAAUUACAGAAGUUGUUGGACAAAGUAGCUUUCAUGGAUUUAAUGAACCUAGUCUUCAAGGACUUUCUAGACAAACUUGUGGUAAUGUUUAUUGAUGACAUUUUAAUCUACUCCAAAUCUGAGACGGAACAUGAAGAACACCUAAGAUUGAGACUAAAGUGGCUUCAAGGGCAUCAGUUGUACGCAAAGUUUAAGAAGUAUGAAUUCUGGUUAAAGAAGUGUGAGGAGAGCUUCAACACCAUGAAGAAUAAGCUUAUAUCAGCUCCAGUGUUGUGUGUACCAACUAAAGAAGGAAAGUUUGUAGUAUACUGUGAUGCUUCGAAGAAUGGCUUGGGAUGUGUAUUGAUGCAAGAUGGUAAAGUAGUGGCUUAUGUCUCAACAAAAUUGAGAGAAUAUGAACAAAGAUACCCUACCCAUGAAUUGGAGUUGGUUGCGGUAGUAAUUGCACAUAAGAUAUGGGCGCACCACCUUUACAGAGAGAAUUGUGAGAUAUACACAGACCAUAAGAGCCUACAGACACCACUACAUUGGGAUAAGGUGGGAGAGAAACAAAUUCUUGGUCUAGAAGCAGUGAGAGAGACCACUGAAGCAGUCGCCAAGAUUAGGCAGAGGAUGAUGACUGCUCAAAGGAAGAAGGGAAGGCUAAGCCCAAGGUAUAUAGUUCCAUUUGAGAUCUUGGAGAGAUUUGGGCAAGUUUCCUAUUGCUUGGCUUUACCACCAGUGCUCGCUGAGACAAAUAAUGUGUUCCAUUUUUCUGUGUUGAGGAAUUAUGUGCCUGAUCCCUCCUACAUGUUGAGUUAUGACCUAUUGGAACUAAGGCAAGAACUGAGUUAUGAUGAGCACCCAAUGCAAGUUCUAGAGAUAAGAGUCAAGGAACUAUGGUUCAAGAAAAUUUCGCUAGUAAAGGUCCUAUGGAAGAAUUGUUCAGCUAGAGAGGCAACCUAG